GCGGCGAAAAGGGGGAUUUUGUGAAGAGGAUUGGAAAAGAAGUUGGAAGACUAGGGACUAAAUCGAAGAAACAGGAAGUUGGAAGGGUGAAAUGCAUUGAAAUUCCUCAAACCCAAAAUCCAAAAUCCACAAUUAUCCAAACCCAAAAUCCAAAGGCCAAAGCCCCUAUUUGCACCCUCCAUUUAAUUCUUUUUUGUGGUUAACACCUUCCAAAAUUUUUCCUCCCUAUUCACACCCUUAACUUUUUAAAACCCGUAAAAAAACUCAAUAUUUUAAUGUGCCGUCAGGAAACUAUUAAAAAAUGCAUUAUGUGGCACCCAAAAAUUGACGUGACAUUAUGUGGCGUUUAUAAUCCAAUGUGGAUCCCUUUUGUUGAUGAUGUGGCUUAUUUUUUGCACACGUGGACGCCAUAACCCAAAUUUGGGUUCUUGGCUUGGAACCCAGUUCUGGGUUCUUGCAUGGAACCCAAAUUUGGGUUCUUGGCGGGGAACCCAGAACUGGUUUCCCCUGGAACCCACCAGGAACCCAAAUCUAGCCGCGUGUCUGCUCUGUUCUUCUUCUCGAUUCUUCCUCCUGACAAGCCCCCAAAGCCACCGACUCUCUCCCCCUUGAAAAACCCGGUGAGAUCUUGAUGAAUUUCUCCUUCUUUUCUUGUUCUUGAACCCAGAAACUCCUCCCUUUUUUGCUGGAAAUUCCAGAUCUGCUCUGCGUCUUUUCCCCCUUCUGUUGUUCGUCGGCUUCAGCUUGUGGGUUUGAAUUCUGGGCAUUUUUCGGGUAAGCCACAGCCAUGAAAAUCAUCUCUUUAGCUUUGAUUUGGCUUGGGUUACUCUAAUCUCUGUUUUGGUUCUUGAAUUUGGGUUAAUUCCGUGAGCUCCCCCCCCUGCACUUGCCGUCGACUUCUUCUCCCUGCUAGCUCCGGUUUUGCUUGUUAAAUUCCGGUUUUGAUCGUUCUGUCACCGUAGCACUUGGGUUAGCCUUCAGUUCUAUGCGAGUGAGGUAAGUAAAUUGUGGUAAAGCCCUUCGAUUUUAAAGCAUGUUUUAAACUGUUUUUGAGAUGGUGGCAAGGUUUAAAGUGAUUUUAAAUUGAUUUUAUCAGCAUCUGAAUGUGAUUAAACUGAAAUGGAAAUUGUGACGGUUUUUAUGAGAAUUUCACUGUUUUUCUGGAAUUGAGCAUGAUUGAAAUGAAAAGUGAGAAUUUCAUUGUUUUUCUGGAGUUAUUGCACCGAGCAUGAUUGGUUUGAAAUGAAACUGUUUUCAUUGGUAUUGAGUAGAGCAUGCCUAUUUGGAAUUGACUGAACUAUUUUGAUGAACUGAGAAUUUACAAAUUUUGAGUUUUCUGAUAAAUCCAUGCCCACAUGGAAAUUUUCCGGUUUGUUCUGAAAUUUGGGAUUGAUUGUGAAAUUCGGGUUUUCUGUAAACUCUGCAUGGUUUUGUCUCGGAUAUAGUCAUGAUUACUGAUUACUGUGCCCGCUAGUGGGAGGUUUAUAAACGCUAGCACAUGUCGACAUGUUUACUGAUAGAACCGGUUCACCCUACCAAUGGGGUUAAACCUUGGUAAUUACUGUCGCCUGCUAGUGGGAGUUGUAA